CUAUUUCGAUACGAUAGAAUUUAACUCCAUACCUUAUAAAAAUUACAUAGGAAUAAAAAAAAGAGACAAGGAAAAUAAUACUAGUUCCUCAUCCAUAUAUGAACGAAUGGAUUAUUUGAUUUCUUUAAUUAACUCUUAUCAUAAUCCGAUAAAUAUACCUUAUUUGUUUAACGAUCCGCAUUAUAUUAAUACAAAAUUUAAGGUGGAAAAAAUUAGUACCAAACCAUACAACCGCAAUUUAUCAAGAAAAGAAAAAAAAAAAAUUAGGAAAUCCUUGAAAAAGGAUAAUAAGAAAAUAUAA